GUUUUCCCCUCAUUUUUUAAAGGCUUCGUCUUUUUUCCCUGUUGGAACGGGUGAGUGUUGAGGAGGAGUUCCACAGGCCCUGACCCCGGCGGGUGCUCCUCCCGCCAGCCGUGGGGCUCUGUGAGCGCCGGCAGGACCGGGCGCUUGGGCUUUUGGGGAGUUUUUCGUGAAAGCGGCAGCCAGAGCUGGAGCUUGCCGGUGGAGUACAGGUAACCGGGGGCCGGGGGAGGCCACCAGGACGGGCAGCUCUUUGCCACAGCCGCCCCCCCAGACGCUCCCGAGGGCUUUCAGCGGGUCAACCGGUGCUCCGCGCCCUUCCCGCCCCUGACAGGACGGACCUCGCCAGGCGAAGGCGACGUGCGCCCAAGGGCCGCCCUGGGCUCACGGCCGCGCUCCCCACGGACCUCCCCCCCGGGGCGCGGCGUCUCGGGGUGAGGCGGGGCCCCGCCGCAGCCCGGCCCCGGCCCGCCUCUUCCUCCCCGGCCUGCGGCGCGGCGGGAAGGGCUAGGGGCCGCUGUGCUAUGGAGCCCGUGCUCUUCGCGUGGGGUGCAAACAGCUAUGGACAGCUUGGUCUUGGUCAUAAAGAGGAUGUGCUGGUACCUCAGUCACUGAAAGAUGUUUCCUGCAAAUGUCAAGACAUUAAAAGCAUUACUGGAGGAGGGGGACAUUCUGCAGUUAUCACUGGUGCGGGAGAACUCUUUGUAUGUGGCCAUAACAAAGAUGGGCAGUUGGGAUUGAAUCAUACAGAGGAUGUACUGCGUUUUACUUUGUGCACUGUCCUGUCUGGCUUUUGUGUAAAACAAGUUGCCUGUGGCUGGGAUUUUACAAUCAUAUUAGUAGGAUCUGGCCUAGUUCUAUCCUGUGGGUCUAACUCUUUUGGACAAUUAGGAGUUCCUCAGAUUUCAGGUCCGUGCUUGAUUCCACAAAAGAUUGAGUCUCUCAAAGAGAAGGUGGUCGAUGUUGCUGCAGGACUGAGACAUGCCCUUGCUGCUACAGAGAGUGGUUUGGUGCUUCAGUGGGGAACUGGCAUGGCGUCUUGGGCAAAGCGUGCAAACCAAGGAAAAACCCUUCCCCUGUUCCUGACAGCAAAAGAACCCUGUGAAAUAACAGGCCUGGAAGAAGUAAAGGUGAAGACAGUUGCUGCAAGCUCCUAUCAUUCGGUGUCACUCACAGAUGAAGGACACCUGUAUGUCUGGGGUAGCAACAAACAUGGGCAGCUAGUGAGCAAAGAGAUCUUUCUUGCGGAGCCCAAGAAGAUUGAGACUGAGUUUUUCUUCCAUGAAAAGAUUGGAGCAGUUUGGAGUGGCUGGACCCACUUGGUGGCACAAACAGAAACUGGCAAGGUAUUCACCUGGGGCAGAGCUGACUAUGGGCAACUUGGAAGGCACGCAGUGGUUCCCGAUGGGCAGGAGGUGUGCACAGCAUCUGAACAACGCUUGGAGCUGUUGUGUAACAUCCCUAUUUCAGUGCCUUGCCUAAAUGGAGCAUCUCAGGCACUUCAACCCUGGCAUUACUGGAUGGAGAUGUGUGAAGAAUCGAAGACCAGCACAUUGCCAAUCAUAGCAAAGCAAACUGCAUGAUCCUGGGAGAGCAGAAGGAAUGCACCAGUGGUUUUAGAUGACUGUAAAAAAUUAUUUUAUUAGCCGAGUGUGCAGUGAGCCCAAGUGCAUCUUCCCAUCUAGAAGCUGCAAAGAAUCCAUUGUUCAUGCUGCUGCUCUUGUCUCAUUGCCCUGUUGAUUCGGAAAGCAUUAUGCACCUGCCUUCUGCCCUGAGUCAUGUCCCAGUGUGCAAGGUUUUCAAAUGAUCUUUGCAGGUGAGCUGUCUUGGAACAGCAGCAUAGUUCAAAGCAUAUCUUAAGAAAACAGCUGACAAGAGAAAGAGGGAUAAACCCCACAUGGUUAAGUAGAAGAAAGCAUCAAUGCUUAGGUCACUGAUGGACAGAGUAGAAUAAAAGGGAUAAGGAAAAAACCAGCAAGCAUUCCUAUGUGUAGUAUAACUCUUCAUAGUAAGUCUACUGUAUAGAAUCCUUUGGUAUUUGUUUGCAGACAGCACAGCUCUGUAGUACUUUUGACUGGAGACCUGAAACGCAGCAGGAGUUUCUGGGGUCAAGUCCAGUGUUGAUGUAGGGAGGUGCACUUAAGUCAGUGGAGCUCUACAAUAUCCAGUGGAGUUGUCCACCCUGUUGUAAAGCCAUAUAAUCGCUCAGUUUCUGGUGGCUGUCAUAAACUAAUAAUAUGAAAGGUACAUAUCUGAGAUUCAUUUAAGGUAGUGAUGAUAGUGAUCAUCCAUGAGAAGCUGAGUACGUGUGUUAAGGCAAGCUUUUCUUGAAAGUCUUGUGAUAAUUGCGGGGUUUUUUUGUUUUUAAAUAUAUCUUGAAAUCUUGUUUUUAAAAAAUCUUGAAAACCUGAAAUUUCAGGUUUUAAUACCAAAGUGAAACAGCAAGAUUGCAGCCUUAUGUUGUCUAUUAAAAAAAAGUCUCUUGUUUUUCAAGCUAGCUUCACAAUACUGUUGUAGCUUCAACUGAGUUUCUAAAAUGUUUUUGGAUAACGAUAUUCUAGUUGUUAUUUGACAAACAUUCCGUUUUACAAUGAGCUAUGCAGAAUAGGCUUGAUUAGGCCUAUUGAUUUGAGAAGUAAGGUAAAGCUGAAGAUGAUUAAGUGUAACAGAUUUUAGCUCAAUGCAAAUGUUUUUAAGGAAUUAAACAUUUACUUAUGAGCAAGAAUAAACAUACUGGCUUUGUCUCUUGGGGAAAAGUGAAUGAAUCAGCUAAUAAUGCAGUCAAUGAAAUGGUGAGAGAAGUAAAUGUUUGUUGUCUUUUUUUUAAAUGUAGUUGAAGAGCACAAAAAAAUGAAGACAGUUUUAAAAUGUGCUGCUGUAUUGCUGUGUUUGUCUUGUUGCAGCUUACAGUUCAUGUGGUAUGGUGUAGGUUAUUAGUGGCUGCCCAUGCUGACAUGAAUUUUUUUUGUAUUGGAUUUGAGAAAUCUUCUGGAAUUGGGCCAGAGCGCUAUGUGUUUCAGUAAAUGACUAAAAGUGAAAUUGUGUCUAAAUGACUCUUUCACUGGUAUCGAAGCCACUGGAAUAUGUGUUAUUGUAGUGAGUGAAAAAUUACUUAAUCAUUUCAAAGAGCUUUAUUUUUAGUUAAUGUAACCCUCUUCUUCAUUCUAAUGCUGAUUUGGUCUCUGAUCUAUUGGAUUCAGUAAGUAUUUGAAGUUUGAAUUUCCCAUGACCUAUGUCAUGUUAAUGUGUCUUUAAUGCUUGGAAAGCGUAAUUUGUUCUUGUGAAGGUUUGCAGAGUAAUAGCACAUAGUUCCUUAGACAAGAGCGAACUUUAACAGCAAUAUUAUGAACCUAACGCAGUAUAUUUUAAUGUUGCUGUAGCUGCAGUGUAUGAAGGUAGCAUAGCAUUUUCUGUUCUAGUUUUCUGUUUGGUUGCCCAAAUUUAUUCAUGUAAUUUGCCACUCAGGAGAGAAACUUCAUGUUUGCCCUCUCUUCUGAAUUGGCUUUAUUUUGAAACAGUGACCAAAACCAAUCCAUUCAUCCUUAAAUUGUAGGAAACUUUUUCUGCCCUUGAGUAGUAUUGAUGAUGUUGGAAACAUAAGAUGGGUGGUUCGGAGGAAAUACUUACAGAGAAGGGAACAUACCACAGAAAAACCAGAGUUCAGAAGUCCACUAGCAUGAGAUGAUUAUAGUUUCUUUGAAGACCACAUAUUUCUUUUAAGAGCUGAAAGGUUUGGGCUUUUUUUGAGAAGGUAACUGUCUCAGUACCUCGUUUACUGUUAACUGAAACUGAUAGGUGAAAAUCUCACAAUUAAGAUCUUAUUAGACUUAUUCAGCAUGGAGAAGAGAAGUUUCAAUGGCACAUAGUAGUAGCCUGCCAGUACGUACAAGGACGUUCAUCAAGAAGAUGGAGUUGGGCAGGAGGAAGAGAAACAAAGGACAUAAAUGAAAACCUGAGGUUCAGACUUAAUCUAAGGAAAACCUCUUUCACCAUGAGAACAAUCAAGCAGUGGAAGAGGCUGCACAGGGAGGUUGGAUGUUCCAUGUGGAGGUUCCACAUACAGAAUGGAAAAGACUCAUCUAGAUAAAGCCCAAGGAGUAUGGUCAGAUAUCAUAGCUGACUUAGCUGUGAGCGGGAUGUUGGACUAGAAACCUCCUGUGGUCCCAUUGAACCUGAAUUAUCCCGUCAUCCAAAGAUCUUGUUUCUGUCCUCAAAACUGUUUCCACACAUGCUCAAAAUUCAGGAUUACUAAGCUUCAGUCCAGUGCUGUAAUAUAACAAGCUGUCAGAGGGAUGAGUUUUCAGGUUAUUUGUUAAAAUGCACUGGGCAAGGCUCAAAUCAAGUUCAGUUUGCAGAAUUGAUGCUUCUUACUAGGAAGGCAACCAUUGAGAGAAGGAAAUUAAAGAAAUCAUGCUGUUCUAUCCUGUCAGCUAUAAUACACGUUUUGGGUGCAGCAAAAUCUAUAGAAGCGUUACGUAAGCAGUUCAGAGCUCUCAAUGUGCCCCUCUGGAUAAAAUAAGGUGCUUUUAUUACUCUGAUAGGGUAGAAGCUGGCAUCUUCUUUCCACUACUGGCUUGCAGAGAGGAAGACUGUAACUGAAAUAGCAGCUUGGAAAAAAAACUGCUUCAUGGUUCAGUGGUUCUUUGUUGGUAUUUUGUUUUAGCCCAGAAGCACUAAAAUUAGCUGUCCUCUCCUCUUUGUUCUUAUUUUCUUUAUACUCCAAAGUUUGCAAAGUAGAUAAUGUGUUGAGAAGCUACUCUGCAGUUAAACUAUCCAUACAUUGAAAAUCAGAGCCCUUAAUCUGGAUGCUUAAAAUGAUCUUUUGACUUUCAGGAUUUGUUCUGCUGUUUCUCUAGAUAUGUGCCAUUUCCUAGCAUAAAUUGCUCUUUGGUCAUAUAAAAUUAAGUCAUAUUGGUUUAUGCUGACAGUUUUGCUCUAAAUUUAUAAGAAUAAUUUUAAUUCUAUGCCCUUCUCACUGUCCUCUGUUUUCUUUUGAGUAGUAAUAGACACACAGUCUGUGUGACAGAUACGCUAUUGAAAUUAGUUCACUAAAAACAGAGUGUCUGCUCUUCAGAAAAUUAAAAACCACAAUGUCUGCAACGUUGUGUUCUUCUGCAAGGGUAAACAGAAAACUGAAAGGAGACAGAGUUGUUUAGAGGUGACACAUAUGUGACUUUGUCAUCAUUAAAAUGUUUCUUGGAAAAGA